CGAUCUCUCAAUACCUCAAGCCGCCCACAUCCAGACAGCAACCAGCAUGUACUCGACCAUCCGGGCAAAAACAGUGGCAAGAACACCGGGCAGAACAUGGGUGGCAACCAGGACACCAAAAACUCGGGUCAGAACACGGGGGGGAACCAGGACAUGAAGGGCGAGAACACCGACGUCUCUGGCGGCAACAACUCGGGCGGCAAUAACUCGGGCGGCAACAACAGCAUCGGUCCCAUCAGCUCCAACUCCGAGGGCGGCAAGGGCGGUCAGGCCCAGGGUGGCCAAGGAGGCAGCGGCGGAAACUCCAACUCGCAGGCCACCAACACCAACAACAUCAACGCCGGGUCGUCGCCGGCAAUCAACGCGCACAACUACUACCUCGAGGGGUCUUAUCGCGGGCAGCCCAACUACGGCCAGCAGCAGCCCAACCAAGGCCAGCAGCAGCCGACUAACCCCAAUCAGCAAUGGCAGCAGAAGGGGCAGGACUGGCAGGCUCAGCAACGGCAGCAACAACAGGAGCAGAAGCGGAAUUGGGCCUAAAGAAUCGACAGGCGGGAUGCCAGCUCCAGGGGCAACAGUUUCGCUAUCCCGUUUAAUGGCAGUAUCACUCCCAGCCUGGCGGGCUACUAACCAAGGUUUACAGAUCGAGAUUCGGGGGCUCACAGUACCAAGAGUGUGUGCGUACGUCUUGCGGCAUGGUAGGGCGUUUUGGUGUUUUCUUUCUUGUUUUUUAUGCUUGUUUUCCAUCAGUCGUUUCUCUCGCGAUGUGCCAUUCUUACUCCUAUUGACAAAGAGAAUCGGUUUCUUAAAUCCUGGCCACUGCUCUUUGGAUCACCUGACGCCCAACCACACUCUCAUCAUUUCCUGUCAAGUUCCGUCCCGUUUCUCC